AUGAAUCUAUUGUUUUGUUUGCUUCAAAAUAUUUUAUCUUGUAUUAUAUUUCUUCACUAUGAGUUUUAUACCGUAAAAAGUGAGAACAGAAUAGCAGUUCGAAACAAUGGGGUGAAAUUUUCACAAUUCAAAUCAUUUUUUGAUGUAUCGCCGGAUUAUCUCAAAUGGUCGGAGAAUCAACGUGCACAACUAGAAUCAAUUACAAAUAAUCUAGCAUCAAACAAAACGCCUCACAUCAUGGAACCUUUAAUUAAUCCAUUAAAGCAAUCUUCAAUAACUCAUAGUGAUUUUAUACAUAGUGCAAAUAAACGAACAUCGAAACAAGCACCUGGUGAGGAUAAAAAUACUAUUAACUCUGAUAUCGAAAUAUCAAACUCUAGUUCUGUGAUCGAUGAAUCUAAUGAGGGUAAUAUUACGGCAUCUACUGUAGUCUACUCAGGAACGACGUCAGUUAUACUAGCAUUACUAACAGCCAUAGUUAGUUUUAUCACAAUUGUUGGAAAUAUACUAGUUCUUAUUUCUUUUUUUGUGGAGAGAGCAUUACGAACAGCAUCAAAUUACUUCAUAGCUUCAUUAGCUGUUACAGAUGUACUGAUUGGAUUUUUUUCAAUGAAUUUUUAUACUUUAUACCUUCUUCUUGGACGGUGGCCUUUAGGAAGACUUUCGUGUGAUUUGUGGCUAAGUUUAGAUUACACAGCCUGUUUAACCUCCCAAUACACAGUACUAAUCAUCACUAUUGACAGAUUUUGUUCAGUUCGUAUACCUGCAAAAUACAGAAACUGGAGAACUGAAAGAAAGAUUCUUAUACUAGUUGCUGUUACGUGGAUUAUACCAUCAUCUGUAUUUUUUACCACAAUAAUGGGUUGGCCUUACUUUCACACUGAUGGUAAUCCUAGACCAGAUGAUGAAUGCUAUGCAGAAUUUGCAACAGAUCCGAUAUUUAAUACUGUUUUUACCGUGUGCUAUUUUUGGGUUACUUUGUGUGUGAUGUUAGUUUUAUAUGUUGGUAUCUACCGUGUAGCUGCUGAUUUACAAAAGCGUAGUGACGAAAAACGAAAUCGUGUUUCCGGCCUUAUUACCAACAGUACACAAAAUAAUAAAACAACCACGCAUAUGAUGUUGAACAAUCAAAGAGCUUCAUCUCACGGUAUGAACCAAAAAAUUACAAAUAAUAACAACUAUCCGUAUAAUAGUAGCAUUGGUGGUUUAGGAGAUUCGUCUGGUUUCGAUUCAGACGAAGGUAAAUCAGACCCUGUAAAACAAAAUCCUUUAUCGAAAACAAACAAACUUGGGGAAAAGCAGAAUAGACAAAUCACCAAAAUAUCAGCUGGACCACAAACCGAGAAAGCUUUUGUUGCAUUACCGAGGAUUGAAGCUAGAUGUGACAUUGCGCCAAGUGUGCUAGGAGCGACUGGUAUUAUUCCUACGAAACCAAAAAUUUGUGAUUUAUCUAAAGCUAAUCCUAAUGGAUUAAAUGAAGUUCCAGAAACUGAUCUAGGUUAUAUUUGUCCAACAUCCGUUAUGGUAAGUAAAAGUCUUGGUCUUGUAAUCAGUUCACCAGUUUUGACAGACGACGAUAGUGGACUUGAAGUAAAUGACUGCCAUUCAGUUUUGCCGAAGAAAGUGCAAGAGUUACCUAUACCACUAUCAUAUGAUUGUUUAAAUGAAAAAGAAUCAAGCCCAGUAUCAGAAAAGGAGGAUCGAUCAGCCAACUAUAAAACAGAAAACAAAAAGAAAGAAAAACAAACUAACAAUCACUCUCGAUUAACACUGAAUACUUCAAAUUUUUCUGAGUCAACGUCAUCAAAAGGUACUGAAAAUACUACAAAUAACACUCACAAUUAUGAUGCUCACACAACAGUUUAUCCUGCAAAUUCAAAAUCACAAUUUUGCAGAAGCAACAUUGACUGUUGUAACUCUUCAGAGUUAGAAACUAACUUGCAAACACCAUUGUAUGUAAAUAACUCAUCUCCUAUCUGGAAAUCUCGCCCUUUGUGUUGUGAUGGAAUAGUCAGUGCACCAUGUUCAGUUAGAAGUUACCAAUAUACAAAUAGACGAAUUGAGGAAUGUAUGAGCCAGCAAGAAUGUAUAAUAUGUAUGCGUCAACAGCAACAACAGGAUUCUGAUACAUUACAAUCAAGUUCCAGUUUCGGAGAUUUCGGUGGUCCAAUUGUAUGUGAUGAAAAAUGUCUAUGUCAUUCUCAAGCUUUUGAUCAUCGGAAAACAUCGUUAAAUAUUUCUUUCAGAUCACGUUUAUUAUUUUAUUUACAAUCAAUUAAAUUAAAAAUACAUAAUGAAAAUAUUGUGGAGCAUGUGAAAAAAUCAUUUAUCCGUAGAAAAUCAAAGCAUAAAAAUAUUGAACGUGGUCGACGUGAAAAUCGUGCACGUAAAGCAUUAAGAACAAUCACAUUUAUAAUGGGUGCUUUUGUUAUAUGUUGGACACCAUAUCAUAUAGUGAUAAUGAUUAAAGGUAUAUGCGAUGAUAUUCAAAAAAAAUAUACCUGUGUAAAUGAUAUAUUCUAUAGUGUAACUUAUUGGUUAUGUUAUAUGAAUUCACCAAUUAAUCCAUUCUGUUAUGCAUUAGCAAAUGCACAAUUUAAAAAAACAUUUCUACGUAUAUUUCGUGGUGAUUUUAGAAGAUUAUAA